UGUCAACCCUUUUUUGUGUAGGAAGAGAAAGUGCAAGAGGUUGGCCCUGGACCCAGAUGUCCCCUCCACCUCUGCCACCACUCCCCAGGCCACGGGCCCAGCCCCCAUGAGCAAACCCACCGCCAUUGCCUCGGCUAUCCUGGCUGGCUCCUCUACCAACAGGAAGAAGAAGGUCCUCAGGCCAUCUCCGGACUCAGAGAACAGGUACCUGGCAAUCUCGGCAGGGAAGCGCAAGCGAGGGCGUGAGCGCAGCGUGGAGUGGUGUGCGGGGCAGCAGGUAUCGGGGGGCCGGCGCCACGGGUCCUCCUCUAGUCACUACCACAGCCUCCGGGUUCACCGCACCUCGACGCAGACCAGCAACGAAGACAGCAUGGAGUACGAUUAUUCUGACGAUGCCAACAUGGAUCACAGCAGCAGUGAGAGCAGUACAGAGAGUGAGGCAGGAAUCUACACAUGCGAUGAAGGACGUGAGGCUGAUGAUGAGCAGAGUGACUGGUUUGCUGAGCCCGAUCCAGUCUAUGGCGUCCCUGGCUCAGCUAACCCUACCAGGCAGAGGGCUGUGUCAAACCGCCUUUCAUGGUGGAAUGAGAAUGAGUUCAGUCUGUCGUCUUCAGCCAAGGCUCUGUUCAAAGAGAGGUAUGAGAAAAUGUCCGUGGAGAACCAGCAAGCCUGCAGACUCAGGUUCCAAAAGCUGAGAGAGAGGCUUCUGAGACGGGAAAUACGAGCUGGAAGAAGGCGGAUCAGGGACCGAAAGCCGGGGUUCAGCAUCGUGUCGUCUGUGAACGAUAAAGUCUCGAGAUUUCUGCAGGACCCCACCCAGUCGGAGCUCCGUCUGCGUCCCAUGACGGACAAGGACCGCGACCAGCUCAAUCACCUAGCUGAUCUCUACUCCCUGACGGUGCGGGGCGGAGACAACCACUCAGCUCCCAUACUCACCAAGACAAGGUGUGUGGUCCAGCAUAGGAAUAGGCCGGGAAACACAAUUACGAAGCAGAGGCUGGAGGUGGAUAGCGAGGUGAUGGCGUGCGAGGGAGCCUUUCCGGGGGGCUUACCGAUACCCUUGAGCGACAUGAAGAGACGCCGCCGCACCCCUCCCCCUCCCCCCAACAACCUGACAGAGGGCAGCAACGACUCAGUUGAGAGCGUCUUCAACAGCGCUGGAAUUUCGGGGACUUCCUUCCGCCCUCCAGUACCCACUGUGAGUUGGGAUGAUGACCUAGGAGACUGCUGCGCCGACUCCCUUUCGGAGAGACUGGCAGACUCCGAACCCGACCCCCUGCCAUCACCGACGUCCCUAGGCCUCCACGACUGUACUUUAUAGUCGCACCUGUUUCGCGGCAGCUGCUUUUUUAUUUUAUUUAUUUUAUUUAUUAUCUAAUUAUGGGGCAGCAGCAAAUUGCCUUAUGUCCUCCCCGUGAUUACAAACCAAGCAUUUUGAUCUCCACUAUUUCUUUUUUAAUAUCUUCUUCCCUUCUUUAUUUAUUUUUUGGUAAGUGAAACAUUGUGGUGGAUGGGAAAUGAUCCGUCACCAAGGCUCUACAGCUGAAAGGAAACAUCAAACCUGUACCCUCCCUCUCUAAAGAAGUGUAUGAGAAACACCCUAAUUUUGUUUGACCUCCACUCCGCCCUUCCUUCGAGGCUUCUGAGGGGCAGAGGUGUCCUCAUGCCCACUCCCUUUCUUUUCCUUGCCUUCACUUCCCUCUUGCCUCUCCCAUUGCCACCCCACCUGAACAAAGAGAGUUGUAUAUUUUUAAAAGAAUAUAUGGAAAUUAUUGUGUAUUGAUUAAAUACCAGACUUUUGUCAUGAUUUAUACAAGAGAGAAAAAAGAGAAAAAGGAUGAAGUAAUGGUUGUAUAUAGUUUUUCAUACCAAGUUUACUGAUGAGGACCUUGCGACUCUCAUGUUGUAUGCUUUUGAUGGAGAGUCUUGAAGUACUGCAAUGUUUCUCCCUUUCCUGUGUGUAAUUACCCUGCUUGUAAUAUUAUUGAUAGUAACAACUCUUAUUUAUUAUAUAAUAUUAUUAUUUAUUUCAUAUAUUAUUAUUGUUUAUCAUAUACAGAUGCAACAUGCUGUAGGUUUUUACAUUGAGGUUUGUCAGUAUCUUGAUUGAUGCAAAUUUUGGAAUUUUCACUAUCUUUGAAUAAAUUCUUUGUGUUUUGUCUUUGGCCUCUCUCUCUUGCUUUCUCUCUUUUUUAACAUUUAUAUUUGGGUGUAUGACAGUGCUUUGUGAACAUUUGGCAUUUCACAUUUGAGCAAGACUUAUUAUUACUUCAAAUUUGAAGAAAUUAUUGUCAAGAGAAAAUUCUCAUUUGGGAGAGCCUCUUUCUUGCAACAAUCCUCGUGUACACUGCCAUAUAUAUAUAUAUAACAUUUUCUACGAGAUCUGUUACAGUUUUUCAAAAAGUAAAAUAGAUUUUGCUGGUGACAGGUAAUGUGUAGCAUAUCUUUGAGAAGUAUGUACAUGUGUAUUUGUAUAUAUAUUAUGUGUGUCUGUAUGAGUGUGGAAUACAAAUAUUGAGUUCUGUAUGAAACAAAGUGUACUGAACUGAAGUCCAGAUUAUAUUACAAAGAAUUUCCACCAAAUUGUG